AGUGGCAAAAGUUUGCCAACAGCUGAGCAGCUGCACGCGCUUCGCCAUGACAACGCCGAAGAAAGUCUGCAUCGUCGGCUCCGGAAACUGGGGAUCUGCCAUUGCUAAGAUAGUCGGGCUGAAUGCAGGACGAAACCCAAAGUUUGACUCCACAGUGAACAUGUGGGUCUUUGAGGAGGUGGUUAACGGACGUAAACUCACCGAAAUCAUUAACACGGAGCAUGAGAACAUCAAGUACCUGCCUGGACACAAACUACCCGAGAAUGUGGUGGCGGUGGCGGAUCUUGUUGAGGCUAUAAGCGGUGCUGAUAUUCUGCUCUUUGUGAUCCCCCAUCAGUUUAUCAGCAGAGUGUGUGACACCAUACAGGGAAAGAUUAAAGGAGAUGCUCUGGGAAUGUCACUAAUCAAGGGGGUGGACGAGGGUCCUGAUGGUCUGAAGCUGAUAUCAGAGGUGAUUCGGGAGAAGCUGGGCAUUAGCAUGAGUGUGCUAAUGGGCGCUAACAUUGCAAAUGAGGUGGCAGCUGAAAAAUUCUGCGAGACCACCAUCGGCUGUAAAGAAAAGGCACACGGAGCACUGCUUAAAGAGCUCAUGCAGACGGAUCACUUUCGGGUCACUGUGGUUGAGGAAGCAGAUGUGGUGGAGAUUUGUGGGGCCCUGAAGAACAUCGUGGCGGUGGGCGCGGGGUUCUGUGAUGGUCUGGGUUUUGGUGACAACACAAAAGCGGCAGUGAUCAGACUAGGCCUGAUGGAGAUGAUUGCCUUUGCGCGCUUAUUCUGUUCUGCUGGCCCCGUCUCCGCGGCAACCUUCCUGGAGAGCUGCGGCGUCGCUGACCUCAUCACCACCUGCUACGGAGGACGCAACCGCCGCAUAGCUGAGGCCUUCGCCAAGACGGGAAGGUCAUUGGAGGACCUGGAGACGGAGAUGCUGAACGGUCAGAAGCUGCAGGGUCCAGCCACGGCCGCCGAGGUCCAUGUUAUCCUCAAAAACAAAAACCUGCAGGACAAAUUUCCUCUGUUUACUGCCGUGUAUGAGAUCUGCUUCGAGGGUCGUCCUGUCACAGACUUCAUCAGCUUCUUACAGAAUCAUCCAGCACAUCUGUGAGAGUAAAGGACUCAGUCUGUAUGUGCAUAGACGUGCUUGGCCGACGUGCUGUGCCUUCUGUAGUGGCAAUAUCUCUGUUUAUGAGUGUAUAUGGUGAGGGUGUGUAUCAGAUGCCCUGCGUCUGCUGUAGCAGCAAUCAGUCUUCUUUACAACUUACUGUGUGUGUCUUAAAACUGAGCCUUAAAGUAACAGGACAGUGGCCUGGCUCAUACAGAAGUAUUAUGAUUGUGUAUUAUCAUAUAUGGACCAUUCUAUUGAAUUAGUUCAAACUGCGCUCGCACAGUAAAAAAAAAAA